AUGAAAGAUAUUUUCGAUGAAAUAUUACAACUCCUUCCUUCGUCGACAUUAGAGAUAUUAAAACAACAUAAAACGGAUUCUGAACAUUGUGGUCACAAAUUAGAACAACUUUUAAACGAAACUCUCGAUAUACAAAAUAAACAAACCGAAAGAGAACUACAAAGAAAGUGCAUCGAUGUCAAUUCCAAACUUAAUGAAGACAUUUUAAUUUAUAGAAAAAAAUUAAAGGAAGCUCAAUGUAAAUAUGAAUGUUUCGAAGAUUUUCCCCCCAACAUGGCAGAAGCUAAAAAAGCUAUAGAUGAUAUUAGAGAAAGAAUUAAAAAACAUGAUAAAGAUAUCAAUUCAUUAUUUUAA